AUGGAUGAUGGAGGCACCCAUACUACAGAAGGCCGCACCUUUAUGCAGGCGAUCAGUGAGAAGUACAGCCCGGAAAACUUCCCUUGCCGUCGGGGUCCAGGCAUGGGUGUCGUGGUUGUGCCGUCUGGACAUCAGGGAUCACCUAUGAAAGACCGUCUGAACCUGCCCAGUGUUCUGGUUUUGAAUGGCUGUGGAAUCAGUCAUGCAGGAGAAGAGGGAGAAAUCGCUGCCUUCUGUGCUCAUGUAGUUGAACUUGAUCUGUCCCAUAACAAGCUCCAAGACUGGCAUGAGAUCAGCAAGAUUGUUUCUAACAUCCCGAACCUGGAGUUCUUGAACCUCAGCUCUAAUCAUCUGAGUGAUGCAGUCUUGGAGCCGGACUGCGCAAAGGCCUUUUCUAGCAUCCGCCGCCUCGUUCUUAACAAUACCCAGGUGUCCUGGGACACAGUGCACACAUUCACACAAGAGAUGCCUGAACUAGAGGAGCUGUUCCUGUGCCUUAAUGAGUACACCACUGUGACACCGGCCGCCAUGCCCUUCCCCACACUGCGUCUGCUUCACAUCACAGAUAACAGCCUCCACGAGUGGAGUGAAGUACGAAAAUUCGGCUCCAUGUUCCCUGCACUGGACACUCUGGUCAUGGCCAACAACUACCUGAGCUCCAUUCAAGACUCGGGAGAAAUCCUUCAGCGGCUCUUCCCUAACGUUCGAAGAAUCAAUCUGCACAACUCAGGGCUUAAUCGAUGGGAGGACAUUGAGAAGCUAAACUUUCUGCCCAAACUGGAAGAAGUGAGGUUGCAAGGCAUUCCUCUACUGCAGGCUUACACGAGCAUGGAGCGCCGUAGUCUAAUGAUAGCCCAACUGCCAUCAGUGACCUGCCUGAAUGGGAGUGUCGUGACGGAUGCCGAGAGAGAAGACGCUGAGAGAUUCUUCAUCCGUUAUCACUUGGAUCAUUCAGAGGAAGAGCUGCCCCAUAGAUAUCACUGCUUGGUGACCAAAUAUGGGAAACUGGCUCCUCUGGCUGAGAUCGACCUGAGACCACGUUGCCUUGCCCAAGUGGAGGUGCGCUAUGAAGACAAAGUGGAGCAGGUGAGCAUCCGUUUGGAUCAGACCGUCGCAGGGCUGAAGAAGCAGCUGAGGACUGUUGUGCAGCUCCCCACCAGCAACAUGCGCCUUUACUACAUCGACAAGGGUUCUGCCUUUGGCCCCGACGAGUUGAAAUACAGCACACGGGCCUUGCACUCUUACAGCAUUCAAGAUGGGGAUGAGAUCCUGGUAGUUCCCAAAACAAAAUAACCAUCUUUCUUCAGGAUCACAAAAAAGCUAUAUUUAAAUAACUAAAUCCACUUUGAAUUAGCGCCAUCUAAUUUCCACAGAGUGAAUGGGACUGUCUUUCAGGGAAAAACUUCCAGGAUUUGCUGGGGCUUUAGUUCGGCACAUAAGAAACACUGUGUGCACCUUUGGUUUUGUUGCUGUUAUUAAAGGUUUUCUUUUUGUCUUCAGACUUCACGAGCACCCCUGUAUUUUCAAACACCUGUUUCUUCAAGAAUAAAGCACAGCAC